UUUUUUGUCGUUCAUCAUACAGCAAUAUGAGGAAUUUAUAUGAGCAUGUAUUUAUUCCACAUAUUGUUGAAAGCUUGUUAGAAGCACAUCUCUGGCACCACAGAGCAGUGAACAGUGCAGACAGGAAACAACGCCUUCGAGCCCAGCAGGCCUCGGUGAUUGGACGAGACGACAGUGUAAAUUAUCCCGUGUGGACACAAAGAACUGCGCUGUGCUAAUUGGAGUAAAAUGGCGCUCUCGUCUGCAGGAGGAACAAAGAAGAAAGUUUGCUAUUAUUAUGAUGGCGACGUCGGGAAUUAUUACUAUGGCCAGGGUCAUCCCAUGAAACCCCACAGGAUCCGUAUGACCCACAACCUCCUGCUCAACUAUGGGCUGUACAGGAAGAUGGAGAUAUAUAGACCUCACAAGGCCAAUGGAGAGGAGAUGACCAAGUACCACAGUGACGACUACAUCAAGUUCCUGCGUUCCAUCCGGCCGGACAACAUGUCAGAACACAGCAAGCAGAUGCAGAGAUUUAAUGUAGGAGAGGACUGCCCAGUGUUUGAUGGCCUGUUUGAGUUCUGUCAGCUCUCAACGGGAGGCUCUGUCGCGGGGGCAGUGAAGCUGAACAAGCAGCAGACGGACAUCGCCAUCAACUGGGCCGGAGGACUCCAUCACGCCAAGAAGUCUGAGGCCUCUGGGUUCUGCUACGUCAACGACAUAGUCCUCGCCAUCCUGGAGCUGCUCAAGUACCACCAGAGGGUGUUGUACAUAGACAUCGACAUUCACCAUGGAGACGGAGUGGAAGAGGCUUUCUUCACCACAGACCGGGUCAUGACUGUCUCCUUCCACAAGUAUGGAGAAUACUUCCCAGGCACAGGAGACCUGAGGGACAUUGGAGCAGGGAAGGGGAAGUACUAUGCUGUAAACUACCCUCUCAGAGACGGCAUCGACGACGAGUCUUAUGAAGCCAUCUUCAAACCUGUGAUGGCUAAAGUGAUGGAGAUGUUUCAGCCCAGUGCUGUAGUGUUACAGUGUGGAGCGGACUCUCUCUCAGGAGACAGGCUUGGCUGCUUCAACCUGACCAUCAAAGGUCAUGCUAAGUGUGUUGAGUACAUGAAGAGUUUCAACCUGCCUCUGCUGAUGUUGGGUGGUGGAGGUUAUACCAUCCGUAACGUGGCCCGCUGCUGGACCUACGAGACCGCCGUGGCUCUGGACAGCACCAUACCUAACGAGCUGCCUUACAAUGAUUACUUUGAGUACUUUGGUCCUGACUUCAAGCUCCACAUCAGCCCGUCUAACAUGACCAACCAGAACACCAAUGAUUACCUGGAGAAGAUCAAACAGAGGUUGUUUGAGAACCUGCGUAUGCUGCCCCACGCCCCGGGGGUCCAGAUGCAGGCCAUCCCUGAAGACGCUCCACACCCGGACUCUGGAGAUGAGGAGGACGAGGACCCUGACAAACGCAUCUCCAUCCGGGCCCAUGAUAAGAGGAUAGCUUGUGAAGAGGAGUUCUCUGACUCUGAGGAUGAGGGACAGGGAGGAGGGGGAAGGAGGAACGCUGCCAACCACAAGAAGACCAAGCGAGUCAAGACUGAGGAAGAGAAAGAGAAGGAGGCAGAGGAGAAGAAAGAUGUGAAAGAGGAGAAAGAGACAGAGGAGAAGAUGGACACCACAGGGCCAACAGAAGAAACUAAGACGUCUUGAAGUGGAAGCAGCAGAGGUAUCCAUGGGUUUCCAGUUGUGCAAUCGAAAUGGACUGUAAAUUAUUCUCUUAACACGGUUUUAGUAUUUCCUCAAACAGUCAAAUGUUUUAGCCUGUGUCAGUGUUGAAUUGCACUUUUAAUUUUUAUUUUUUACUCAUGUCUCUGCCACCUAUUUGUUUUUACCAUGUUAGUUAUGGAGCCUGAGAAUCAAAAGCAGUAGGGUCCAUUUCAAUAGUCUAAAAAGCCUGGUUGGGAUUCAGUCCAAGGUGUGCACACUACUCUAGCUGACGUUUUCCAGGCGGUUACUGUAGGUGUGUUGUCGGCUGUCUAGUGCACUGCUCUAUAACACGGCUUGGAUUGAAUCUCGACCUUAUUUCCGCUCUCUCUCUUUUCACUGAUCUGAGGUGACUUGAUGAAAGCAAAUCCCCCUGAUAAAAGACUGAGGCCAUACUGCUUUCUCAGAUCAGUCCAGAUGAAGAGGAAUCCACUUUCCACUGCAAACAUUCCCAGUUGAACAAUAGUCACCAUCCCUAAGUUAUUUUAAAUCAUGGAUCAACAUUUGUGUUUUCCUCUUCUCCCAGGGUUAGUUUCUGACUGUGCUGGCUUCCUCUUCUCCCAGUACUGGCUUCCUUCUUCUCCCAGGGUUAGUUUCUGACUGUGCUGGCUUCCUCUUCUCCCAGGGUUAGUUUCUGACUGUGCUGGCUUCCUCUUCUCCCAGGGUUAGUUUCUGACUGUGCUGGCUUCCUCUUCUCCCAGGGUUAGUUUCUGACUGUGCUGGCUUCCUCUUCUCCCAGGGUUAGUUUCUGACUGUGCUGGCUUCCUCUUCUCCCAGGGUUAGUUUCUGACUGUGCUGGCUUCCUCUUCUCCCAGGGUUAGUUUCUGACUGUGCUGGCUUCCUCUUCUCCCAGGGUUAGUUUCUGACUGUGCUGGCUUCCUCUUCUCCCAGGGUUAGUUUCUGACUGUACUGGCUUCCUCUUCUCCCAGGGUUAGUUUCUGACUGUGCUGGCUUCCUCUUCUCCCAGGGUUAGUUUCUGACUGUGCUGGCUUCCUCUUCUCCCAGGGUUAGUUUCUGACUGUGCUGGCUUCCUCUUCUCCCAGGGUUAGUUUCUGACUGUGCUGGCUUCCUCUUCUCCCAGGGUUAGUUUCUGACUGUGCUGGCUUCCUCUUCUCCCAGGGUUAGUUUCUGACUGUGCUGGCUUCCUCUUCUCCCAGGGUUAGUUUCUGACUGUGCUGGCUUCCUCUUCUCCCAGGGUUAGUUUCUGACUGUGCUGGCUUCCUCUUCUCCCAGGGUUAGUUUCUGACUGUGCUGGCUUCCUCUUCUCCCAGGGUUAGUUUCUGACUGUGCUGGCUUCCUCUUCUCCCAGGGUUAGUUUCUGACUGUGCUGGCUUCUUCUUCUCCCAGGGUUAGUUUCUGACUGCGCUCCGUGCUGGCUUCUUCCUUACCUUGUUUUAUAUUUCUAAAAGUAACAAUGUUGAAAUGUCUUUUUAUUAGGUCAUACAUAGGGCAGAGUUUCCCCAACUGGCAGGCUGAAUUUGUCGUAGUCGCCCCCUCCCCAAUUUAUUUUAAUUAAUUGUUGGACAUAAGACUGUAAAAACACCAAGUAUUCCCACAUAAGACGUGAUCGUAUGCAAUGUUUUGAAAUUGUUUUAGUCAAAUUCUGUUUGCAAAAAAACCCGGUCUAGAAAGUAAUGCUCCUGACUUAUGAUCCCUGGGACAAGGUGUGUUCAGCUUCCCCAUCAAGGAAAAUCCCCAAGAGCUGCAUAUAGAGGCAACUUCAGCCUACAUCGUUGGGAACCAGCUCACGUUUUAAACCCCUGAUAUUUUCUACUGUAAGGUGACAUAUGGUGCUUGGUUGGGUGUUCAGUUGUGAAAAUAACUUUUAUAGAAGAAAAAUACAUUUCUCAUUGACUUCGUUCUUCUUUGAAAAAUGAUAAAGGCAAUCAUUUGGUUUGUCAAUUUUCCAUGCAAGUAUAAAACUGAUGUUGCUGAUUAAAAAGCUGUGAUGAGUGCAUACCUCUUGCGGUUAAACCCCCCCCCCCCACCAUUAUGCCACUCGGCCCACCUCAAUGAGAUUCCUAUUACGGUCAAAAGGCAAUUAUAAACUGGGUGGUUCGAGCCCUGAACCAUUUUUACUGCUCUAAUUACAUUGGUAACCAGUUUUUAUAAUAACAAUAAGACACCUCUGGGUGUUUGUGUCCAGGCACUCCGCCGUGGUAUAUCGGCCAUAUCAAACCCCCAGAGGUGCCUUAUUGUUAUUAUAAACUGGUUACCAAUGUAAUUAGUAUAAGACCUUCCAUUGAACGCAACCUCACCACCCUGUUAUAGUGGGAGGUCCACAAGUUUACUUCACUGCCACAACUUAAAAUAUCCUGUUUUAGCCAAUGUUUGGAAAGUUUACCAUGAGGCCUGUACUUUACUGGUGUGGAAAGCUGGUUAGUGACCGUGUUUGGUAGUCAUUAAAUGAAGUAAUUUGUGCAUGA